AUGUCAACAGAUACCUGGGUAACCAUAGGAGCCAAGCUGUUACCAACAGGAAGAGCAUUGCAGACAGAGGAAUGGAAGUGCAAAGAUCCCAAGGAGGAGGAUUGCUUGGUACACUGGAUAAACAAGGAAAAGAAUGACCCAAUAAAAGUCCCAGAUGGAAUACAAUUUACCUGGAAUUCACUUUCCUCUUUAUUUUUUAAAGGGACCAGUUACUCUCCACAAGAAAAUUCACACAACCACAGUGCUCUUCAUAGUUCAAAUUCACAUUCUUCUAAUCCAAGCAAUAAUCCAAGCAAAACUUCAGAUGCACCUUAUGAUUCUGCAGAUGACUGGUCUGAGCAUAUUAGCUCUUCUGGGAAAAAAUACUACUACAACUGUCGAACAGAAGUUUCACAAUGGGAAAAACCAAAAGAGUGGCUUGAAAGAGAACAGAGACAAAAAGAAGCAAACAAGAUGGCAGUUAAUAGCUUCCCGAAAGAUAGAGAUUACAGAAGAGAGGUGAUGCAGGCGACAGCCACUAGUGGGUUUGCCAGUGAAAUGGAAGACAAGCAUUCCAGUGAUGCCAGUAGUUUGCUCCCACAGAAUAUUCUGUCUCAGACAAGCAGACACAAUGACAGAGACUACAGACUGCCAAGAGCAGACACUCACAGUAGUUCUGCGCCAGUACAGCACCCCAUCAAGCCAGUGGUUCAUCCAGCUGCUGCCCCAGGCGCUCUUCCUUCUAGUCCAUUUACGCUGCAGUCUGAUCACCAGCCAAAGAAAUCAUUUGAUGCUAAUGGAGCAUCUACUUUGUCAAAACUGCCUACACCCACAUCUUCUGUCCCUGCACAGAAAACAGAAAGAAAAGAAUCUGCACCAGGAGACAAGGCAGUAUCACAUUCUUGCACAACUCCUUCCACGUCUUCUGCCUCUGGACUGAAUCCCACGUCUGCACCUCCGACAUCUGCUUCAGCAGUCCCCGUUUCUCCUGUUCCGCAGUCACCAAUACCUCCAUUACUUCAGGACCCAAAUCUUCUUAGACAGUUGCUUCCUGCUUUGCAAGCUACACUGCAGCUUAAUAAUUCUAAUGUGGACAUAUCCAAAAUAAAUGAAGUUCUUACAGCAGCUGUGACCCAGGCUUCACUGCGGUCCAUAAUUCAUAAGUUUCUUACUGCUUUCAACAUAACCUCUCUGAUCUCUCAAGCUGCACAACUCUCAACACAAGGUAUCCGUAUUCUUAGAAAUGUCUACAAUUGUCUGGAAUUUUAUCAGCACUUCUUAAAAACUUCUUUAAAGAUUGGCUAUCUUUAUUUUAGCUGGUUUUGGUAACACUAGCAUUAUAGUAGUAUAUGUAUUUCC